CAUCAUCAUCAAAGUGUUGCUGCCCUCUCGAUUUCAUUAAGGGAUCUAAAUAUGCCAGCUUGCGACCGUACCGAGUCGAGACUGAACAAAAAGUUGAUAAAUUCACGGAACUGAUUGGACUACUUUCAGAGCCACACCCUUCAGCGCCACACCCCUGUAUCCACUCCGCCUAAAUGUUCACAAAACUCCUAGAUGCACCAAUCUUUGCCUGUUGAGACAUUUACCCAACCUCGACAGGUUGCACCAUGAGCGACAAGGAAGCCAUCUUGAAGCGGAAGCCGUCAGAUGAACAAGGAAAGGAAGGGACAAAGAAGUCCAAGCUAUCCUUCAACAUUGGACUCAAGAAGUCUUCUGCAAUUGCAACGGAAAAUAUUACCAGUGAUGGGAAGCCUUCUCUCAGCAAGCCCAAAAUGAAGAUAGCUCCGGUCUCUAUUAAAUUAGGAGCACCGAAACCAAAGGAGCCCGAAAAGAAGAAAAUCUUAAAGCCAAGUGGUACAGCAGCUCAAGCUUUUGCAGAGGAAAGUGAUGAAGAAGAAGAAGACAUGCCGCCUGAAGCUAAGAUGAGAAUGAAGAACAUCGGCAGGGAAACACCCACCUCAGCGGGACCAAACUCUUUCAACAAGGGUAAGAUGGGAUUCAGUAGCCCCUCGGCCAAAUGGAAGACGCCCCGCCUAAAGUCCAGCGCUGAGCAGAUCCGACAAGAAGAGCAAAAGCCGGAUGGCAGCUCAUAGCAUCGAUGGGAAAGAGGGUUAUGUAAUAUAUUUGUGUUAUAUCCAUGUACAGAGAGAGAGAGAUAGAGGGGGGGGAGUGUACAUAAUAAGCCCAUAUUUUGAAGUCUGGGUCCCGUAACACAAAGGUUAGCGAUUAAUCGUAUGCUUGAAUUUCACAAUUGAUUAUACCUUAUAAUCAAUUGUAAAAAAAAUGUAUGAUGAUUGCUAAGCUUUGUGUUACGGGCCCCUGGGCGCCGUAACACAAAG